AUGAGACUCAUACUCCGGUUAUUUUUAUUGUUUUCGGUCACCUAUUUUGCAAAAGCAUCAGAAGAUUCAGAUGAAGAACCUGUAAGCGUUACCUAAAUCUUUCUUUAUCUGUUUUUAGAAGUUCGAGCCUGGAUCUUUUGUGAUUCCUGAACUGAAUCAAGGAAAACUUCACUUUGUGGAGAUAUUUGAAGAAGAAUCUGUUAUUGGAACUGUGUGGAAGAAGUCUGAAGCCAAGAAAGAAGGCGCUGAGGAAUCUUUGGCCAAGUAUGAUGGUCAAUGGGAAGUGUCACCUCCUUCUAAAAUUGUAUUGGACGGAGACCUGGGUCUGGUUGUUCGUUCUAAAGCCAGGCAUCAUGCCAUUGCUGCAGUAUUGUCAAAGCCGAUCAAGUUUGAAGACGAUGUUAUUGUUGUACAAUACGAAGUUAAGUACGAAGAAGGACAAGAAUGUGGAGGUGGAUACUUGAAGUUAUUAACCGAAGGAUCAGAAAAAGACAUUAACAAGUUUACGGACCGCACCGAGUAUACAAUUAUGUUUGGACCAGACAAAUGUGGAGCUACAAGCAAAGUCCAUCUGAUUCUGAAGGUCGAGAAUCCUGUCAACAAAACAGUUAGCGUGAGUUUUCAUACAAUUAAACUUAAAAAUUGUAUUAAUUUUGUUAUCAAUAUUUUCAUUUUAUGUUUUAGGAGCAUCACGCACCUCAACCAACGAGCAUUCCAGACUUCACGGACAAGAAGACUCAUUUGUUCACAUUAAAAUUGAGGAGAUCAAAUGAUUAUGAGGUUUUGUUAGACGGUAAAUCGUUGUUCUACGGAAGCUUGUUGAAGGACCUACAGCCUUCUGUCCAGACUCCAGAAGAGAUCGCUGAUCCGGAAGACAAAAAGCCAGACGAGUGGGACGAAAGAGAAUUCAUCAACGACCCCACAGCUACUAAACCAGAUGACUGGGACGAAAGUGCUCCAAGAGAUAUUGAAGACGUGAAUGCUGUUAAGCCUUCUGAUUGGUUGGACGAUGAAAACCCUUUGAUUCCAGACCCUGAAGCUCAAAAACCAGAUGACUGGGACGACGAAAUGGAUGGAGAAUACGAGCCGAAGCUUAUCUCGAACCCCAAAUGUCAGGGUAUCAGUGGAUGCGGAAAGUGGACUAGACCUGUCAUCCCCAACCCUGCAUAUAAGGUAAAUUUUGAAAAUUUACAUUUUUUGCGAUUUUACAUAACAUCUUAUAACAUUGCUAGCGUUACUUAUUAACUUUUUUAAAAAAUUUUUAUUAUUUUAGGGACCAUGGUCACCACCACGAAUCUCCAACCCUGAUUUCAAAGGAAAAUGGUACCCACGACAGAUCAAGAAUCCGCACUACUUUGUUGCCGAUCCUUACAACCAAUUGAAACCCAUCACUGCCAUUGGCUUCGAAUUGUGGACGAUUGACAAGAACAUCGUAUUCGACAACAUCCUGAUUACUUCUGACGAAAAGGAAGCCGUUGACUUUGCCGCCGCUACGUUUAAUGUGAAGGCCAAAUUUGAGGAUUCUUUGGACCGAUUUGAGAGUCCCAACGUAGGAAUGUUCCAAUCGAUGAUUGAUGCCGCCAACGACAAACCUUACCUUUGGGCCGUCUACAUCCUCGCUGUCCUGAUUCCAUUGAUUGCUGCGUCUGCUUACUUCUUCGGCCACAAAUCAUCUCCGACUUACACUCCACCAAAGAACGAGCCUGAAGAAGAGGAAGAAGAAAAGCCAGAAGAAGGGCAACUGGAACCAGAGCCAGUUGAAGAAGAAGUUCCAGUUCAAGAAGAGAAAGAAUCCCACAAGAGCCCUAAGGCAAGAAGGCGAACUGUCAAGAAAGUGGACGAGUAA